AUGCAGCAAAACAGUGGUUCGGAUACGCAACCGUCGCAGGAGCAGAACCAUCGGCAGCAACAACAAUCUCAACAACCGCCGCAAUCGCAGCCGCAGUGGGUGGCGAUGCAGUAUCCGACGGCAGCUAUGGUAAUGCAGCAUCAAAUGAUGCAACCGCAGCAUUUCGUGGCGACGCCACCUCCUCCUCAGCACUACAUUCCUUAUAACCACCAUCAUCACCAGUACCGGCAUCACCAUGGCCACUCGCAGCACGGUCAACAGCAGCAGGGAUCCGGCGGUGGCGGUGAGAACAAAACCGUUUGGGUUGGUGAUUUGCAUCAUUGGAUGGACGAGAACUAUCUUCAUAGCUGUUUCGCUUCCACUGGCGAGAUUGCAUCCAUUAAGGUCAUUCGCAAUAAGCAGACUGGUCUAUCAGAAGGAUAUGGAUUUGUGGAAUUUUUUUCACAUGCAACAGCAGAGAAAGUUCUUCAAAAUUAUAGUGGCAUUUUGAUGCCUAAUACCGAACAACCUUUCCGUCUGAACUGGGCAACUUUUAGCACAGGAGAGAAACGCGCAGAAAAUGGUCCUGAUCUUUCUAUUUUUGUAGGAGAUUUAGCUGCAGAUGUUACUGAUAGCCUAUUGCAUGAAACUUUUGCUAGCAAAUAUCCUUCCGUUAAAGCUGCAAAAGUUGUAAUUGAUGCUAAUACUGGUCGAUCAAAAGGUUAUGGUUUUGUGAGGUUUGGGGAUGAUACUGAGAGGUCACAAGCCAUGAAUGAAAUGAAUGGUGUAUAUUGUUCAAGCAGGCCUAUGCGUAUUGGUGCUGCAACUCCGAGGAAAUCCUCUGGGUAUCAGCAAGGUGGCUAUGCAUCAAAUGGUGCAUCAACCCAAUCCGAUGGAGAUUCUUCAAACACAACUAUAUUUGUUGGAGGCCUUGACCCAAAUGUCACCGAGGAGGAUCUCAGGCAACCUUUCUCUCAGUAUGGUGAAAUAGUCUCUGUUAAAAUACCUGUUGGAAAAGGAUGUGGUUUUGUACAAUUUGCCAACAGGAACAAUGCUGAGGAGGCAUUGCAGAAGUUGAAUGGGACAGUAAUUGGCAAGCAAACAGUGCGACUUUCUUGGGGUCGCAAUCCAGCAAAUAAGCAGUUUAGAGGUGAUUAUGGUAACCAGUGGGGUGGAGCUUACUAUGGAGGGCAGGUGUAUGAUGGUUAUGGAUAUGCUUUGCCAUCACCUCAUGACCCGGGCAUGUAUGCUGCUGCAGCUGCCGCAUAUGGUGCAUAUCCAAUCUACGGCAGUCAUCAGCAGCAAGUAAGCUGAAAUUAAAGACAACAAGUGCAAGAAGUUGUAGCUCUAGUAAGUAGACACUCACACUAGAGGUGGGCAAAAGCAAACUGCCUUGUUGGUUGUUACUCCGUAGCUCUCUUGGUUUGUGUAGAAUUCUUACAUAAAUCCCUCCAAAUGUGGAGUGGAACUGAAUUUUGACCCUUAAGUAGUUUUUUUUUUUUUUUUUAGGGAUUGGAUUCAUUAUUUGUUUAAUUUUAUUAUGUGAGUUAGGGGGGAAACUUGGUGAUUGGAAUAGAUGAAUUGGCAGACGUGUGUGGUAGUGUGCUUGGUGAAUAAAAGUUCAUAAACAACUUCUGCCCUGCUUGGAUUUCAUUUGAGCCUUCCACGUUUAAGUUUGCGGCAACUACAAUCUUGACAAACAAGUUUAUGAGCUUUUAUCGACCAUAGACUCAUUGUCUAACAGCAAUAACUGGAUUAGUGAAAUUCUGUCCAAAUUAUUACCUCCCCUUGUGUGAAAGAUUGAUUGAGAUUGAGCUUUUUCUCAAAUGACUAACCUGUAGAUCCAAAAGCGAACUCCUCUUUCAAUUAGCUCCUUAAUGAUUGGCAACACUGUUAAUGGUUUAUCUUUCCCGAUUUGUUUCUCUACUGUUUUCAGAAAUAAUUAUCAGGAAACCGCCAAGACUAACAAUCGAGAUAAAAUGAAAAAGGGGUUAGUUAUGUACUACUGAGACAAACUACAAGAGAUUACCAGAGCGAUCCCCCAAAACGGAAUAUCGACAGGGAUGUUGCAGGAAUGCCAUGGAUAAGGAAAUAUUCACCGUUUCCUUGAGAAUUUGAAACUAGCAACCACUCUGGCCUAUAGGAAUUAUGACAGUAAAAUGUAAAUGAGCUUUUAACAUACCAUAUGGUAAUAAAUUUAUUAGUAAUGUUUCAGUAAGGGCACAAGUAGUGCGGGGAUAGCUCAGUUGGGAGAGCGUCAGACUGAAGAUCUGAAGGUCGCGUGUUCGAUCCACGCUCACCGCAUUGGUCAUUUUGCGUCUGAUUUCUU